CCAACCCAGACGCCCGAGACCAAACCUCAGGCUUGAGAUCAAAUCCCUCCUGAGUUUGGAGGCUCACAGAACAAGGCCGUUGGUUCCACACCCUCAGGAGGUAGAGGGAGGGUCCAGCUGAGAGGGCAUGGGGAUAGCCAGCUGCCUGACCCCCAGUCCUGUCUCGCCAUCGCUGCCUCCAGGGCCAGCCCAGCAGACCCAUCCCAGGGCCUCCACUCUUCCCCCUGCCUCUGACCUUGACAGCAGCAAAGCCAGGCCGAAGCUUUUCCCAUUGGGAGGGCGUUUCUCUUGCUCAUGCAUUGGCCUCUACAUUAAAAAAACCCAGUAAAGAAAUUUGUUUCUGCUGAUGGGAGGGUCAGGGAAGUGGGCAGCUUUGAACAGUUUACACCGAUUGAGAGUACUAAAAGGCUUCAACUGUUUGGAUGAACAGAUAAUGGGGAAUACUCCCCAUCAGGACCCAGAUUCCAUUCAUUCAUUCAGAUAUUUAUUCAUUCAGCAUUUAACUGAGCAUCUACUAUGUGCGGACACGGUGCCAGGUGCCAGGAUAGAGGCAAGUUCAGACUGUGACCGGCAGGGCUCCCUGUCUGAUCCUUUGGCUUCUCCGGAAGCAUCUGUAAAGGGUAGACACCCCCCCCUCAGGCACAUUCAGGGCAUCAGAGCAUCUUUUAACCAGGCUUCCCAGGGCUUCCAAAGGAAACUGUCAGCGACACCCCUUUGAGAAACUUGGGAGACCUGCUGUCAACCCUUGCCCGGGGGACAGAGAGGGACAGGGCAGGUUCCCAGAGUCACCACAGCUGAAGGCCUUGAAGAGACUGCCUUCAAAUGUUAGCAAGGUGGUCCUGGGAAGAGCCUCCGUGUGUUGCCUCUCAAAGUGUAAGCCCAGGACCACUGGGGACACCUACAGGAAGAGGGAUCGUGGCUUACUGUCAUGGAGAAUUUUCUAGAGUCAGGGUUUGCUGUUGUCCAAGGGUGUGACUGGGAACCCGGUAGGGAUGCCACAGAUGGCUCCGUGCCCAGGGUCCAAGUGUGCACCCCGCUGGUGGGGCUGGGACACAGACGGGCGCCCACCCCACUGACACAGCAGGGGACCAGAAGGCUUGCGAGCACUAGGACCCCUGAGCCCGGUUGUGGGUGUGGGCAGAGCUUUCAGAUUUAAGUAGAUUUAAGUAGAGAGGAGUGGUCCGCUAGGCGGUCUCUAUGCCCAGAUGCCAGCCCUCACCUCGACUCCAGCAGGUGUUGGCUGUGGGCUGCAGGCUUCCAGGCUUUGAGGGGCCCAGGAGCUUAUAUGGGAGAGGAAACCCCACCUGGGUCCUCAACUGCACCUCACCUUGAUCUAGAAAUGUGAGGGCCACUUACCUCCAGAUACCAGACACUCUGGGGACAGACCAGACAUAAACCCCUGUCUCAUCGCUGCCUGGCUUUGUGACCUGGGCCAGUUACUUCACCUCUCUGAACCUCACUGUCCCCAGCUGAGAACAAAGCUUAAUCGCAGUGCCUUCCACAUCAUAGAAGGCAGGGCUUUACGUCCCACUGCCAGGCACAAAAUGAAAGUUUAGUAAAUUGAAGUUAAAAAAAAAAAAAAGGCAGGGAAGGAGGAGCCCUCCUGCUCCCCAGGGGCCGAGCUGUGGUCAGGAUUGGGGCAGAAACACUCAAGACAGCCCUGGGGCUCUGCUGAGCUGGGCCUCAAACUCACAUUUUCCAGCCCGCCUGGAGCUCGCAAAUGGGUCAUGAAAACCUCCAGCGACGCUUUAAAGGUGACUGUCCCAGUCCCGGGCGUGGCGGUGCCACCAAGCGGAAGAAGAAGCAGCGGCGGAACCGCACCACGUUCAACAGCAGCCAGCUGCAGGCGCUGGAGCGCGUGUUCGAGCGCACGCACUACCCCGACGCCUUCGUGCGGGAGGAGCUGGCCCGGCGCGUGAACCUGAGCGAGGCGCGCGUCCAGGUCUGGUUCCAGAACCGCCGGGCCAAGUUCCGCCGAAACGAGCGGGCCAUGCUGGCCAACCGCUCCGCCUCGCUGCUCAAGUCCUACAGCCAGGAGGCCGCCAUCGAGCAGCCCGUGGCUCCCCGGCCCACUGCCCUGAGCCCAGAGUAUCUCUCCUGGACGGCUUCGUCCCCCUACAGUACGGUGCCACCCUACAGCCCUGGAGGCUCCAGCCCUGCGACCCCGGGGGUCAACAUGGCCAACAGCAUCGCCAGCCUCCGCCUCAAGGCCAAGGAGUUCAGCCUGCACCACAGCCAGGUGCCCACGGUGAACUGAACCUGCCCCCCAGAACCCGGCCUCCUCCCUGGUCUACAACAGGAAAGGGCAGACACGCAGGACAGUGACCACCUCCUGUCCCCUGCCCAUCCCCAGGACAGGCUGGGCGGGCUCCCCUGGCCCUUCUCCCCAGCCCUGCCUCCUGGGCCUGAGAGGCUGCUAAGAGGCCGAAGCCCAGCUCAGCCCCUCGUCCUGGACCACUGAUCGCUAGAGACUUCGGCCCGUGGCCCUUGCAGGGGCUGGGCCGGCAGGUGGAGCAGGAGCUCACCAAGGACCUCACUUACUUUGUGUAUUAAAACCAAAUAGCUUUCGUCUUUAAGAAAUAAAAAAUUGUUUAAGCACAAAAA